AUGCCGAUUAACGCUGAAUCUACGCCGCCACCGGUCAUCGGGAAAAUCGGCCCUUACACCGUUUUCAUGACGCCGCCUUCUACACCCAAACCCUCCGAUGACCCCGUUACCACCACCAAGAUCGCUCCUCCGCCGCCUCAGAUUCCCAAAACCGUUCCUUCCCCCAAACCCCUCUCCGAUUCCGACGAUUCCCUUUUUGGCUUCUUCCGAAACGCCGUUACCAAGGUCCAAACCGCCCACUCAAGUUUGGAUGACCAUUUGGCACGUUGGUUUGGAUUAAAUCAGUCAAAAUAUCAAUGGGCUCUCGAUGAUUAUUAUGAGAGCAAGGGAAUGGAAAAAGGAGGCAUCAAAGUGAAAGAGGUAUCGAGCAAAAUACAGAGAUUAUUCCAAAGUGGAGUGUGA